AUGCGUUUUACUGCUGUACUUGGAGAUUCUAAAUCAGUUGAAAUUUUUUCAAAAGUAUUAGGAAUUGCUUCAAAAAUAUGUAGAAAAAGAAUUGUUGUGAGGAUUACACCAAAUGAAUUUAGUUUUGUUAAUGUUUACAGCAUCAGAGAAGGAAUUUGUUUGGAUUUUCGUUUGUUAAAGGUUCUUAUUUUUUUAAUUUUAAUAUAACCAGACCUCAAUGUGUGAUUUACCUUUGGAGUCGUAACUUGACGUUUUAAUAAGGUUAGUUUAAAUAGAGAGUAUCGCUUUGGAAGCUCCAUCCAGUAGCCAACCUAAUUUUUAAGAGCGUCUUUUAACUAGAGGUGUAUCCAGUAUUGGGAGUGUCAUAUAGAGAGGUGUGGGUAUCUUAUAGAGAGAUUUUAUAUUGAGUUGUAUCUGGAAGGGGAACACAAGCUCCCACACCCAGUG